UAUCAUCAACCGUUGACCAGUAGCCGGAGCGUUGUCAUCGCAUUUGGACGCAUUUAAAUUUAAUUACCUUUCGUUUUUACGCAGCAAAACCUGAAAUAUUUUGUGAAAACCAAUUAAAGAAGAAAUUUUUGCGGCAAACAUUAAAUAAAUUUACGAACAUUUAAUUGAAAAAAUAUAAAAAAAAAAUUAUUAUAAUUUUUUAUUUGAUAACUUUUUCGAAAAUUUGUUAACCCGGUUGCAACCGCUGCAACAUGUUGUGGAAGGAUGUGUUCGAUCAACAUAAUAAUCGCGGCGGUAGUAAAUUGUUGCUAUCUCCAUGGCAAGUUUUUACCUUAAUUAUCAUAGGGUGGUCCGCAGCUACCGGAAAAUGUGAAGUCGGUACCUUUGAAAAACUAGUUAUGCCAGACACUUACGUGAAUCCCAGCGCAUCAGCAACGCCACAAGGCCGCUCCUACGCGCCACGUUCUUACUACGACGCUGGCACGGAAUGCACAGUCGGCACAGAGUGUUCCCCACUACACGAUUGCACGGCAAUGAUCUACGAAGUGGCCAAACGCUGUUACUAUGGUGAUAAAUCGUUAUUUUGUGGCGGCGGUGAAGAAAUGCCUUACGUCUGUUGUCCUAGUAGUCCGCUGGAGAAGAAUCAAGUGUGCGGCAAGUCGCUGGUGCAAGGACACUUUUAUCGCGGGCUCGGCACGCAUCCGUUCGUGGCACGUGUUGGCUUCAAACAUAUCAAUACGGGCGCUUUUGCAUAUCCCUGCGCGGGCUCGGUUAUCGCCAGACGCGUCAUUUUAACAGCCGCUCAUUGCGCUUUAGCCAAGGCGGAAGGACAUCGUCUCUCUUCCGUGCGUGUGGGCGAAUACGACACGUCCAACGAUCCGGAUUGUGCGAGCACUGGAUUUUGUGCGCCUCGCUCGGUCAAUCACGCGAUUAGCCAUGUGAUCGUACAUCCAGACUAUAAACAGGGCCAGUAUCAUCAUGAUAUCGCUUUGUUGGUGCUGAAAACGCCACUCAACUAUUCAGUUGCAACUCAACCGAUUUGUCUGCAAAAGUCACGCACCAAUUUGGUGGUGGGUAAGCGCGCCACAAUCGCUGGUUGGGGCAAAAUGUCUACCUCCAGCACGCGUCAACCGGAAAUGGCACAUUUGGAUGUGCCGCUGACCAGUUGGGAUCUCUGUUUGCGUAAUUACGGCUCAACCGGCGCGCUGGAAUCGCCAAAUUCAAUUGAAGGACAGUGGAUGUGCGCGGGCGGUGAGGGUAAGGAUGUGUGUCAGGGCUUUGGCGGAGCGCCGCUAUUUAUACAAGAAAACGGCAUAUACUCACAGAUCGGCAUAAUGUCUUUCGGCUCGGAUAAUUGUGGUGGCUUGCGCAUACCGAGUGUUUACACGUCUGUUGCUCACUUUGCCGAAUGGAUACACGACAACACGCCGCCGGAAUAAACGUUGAUAAUUUUUGUGUGUUUAUUUUUUGAAAAUAUAUUGAAGAUUUUUGAAUUGCAAUUGUGACGAUGUGAUUUUGUGUUUAUAAUUAAAAUUUUUUAUUUAUUUUAUUAAUUAAGUUUGUAUCGAUAAUAAAUAUGCAUUAUUUAUUCAUAUAAAAUAAGGUGUAUCAUACCAAUAAAUUGUUUGUGAAAAAUUA